GGGAGCGCGCGGGGGGCGGGGCCGAGGGCCAAGAUGGCGGACGCCUCACAGCCGACGCGCAGGUGGCGAUAGUGUCCUCUCCCCUGCGAUGGAGGACGGGAGAUCGUAAGCUCCUCGAAGACAGGGCUCGUGUCUGCCAACUCUGUCGUCUCGAACUCUCCAGGUGCUUAUUACAGUAGCCCGCGCACGAGGGAAUAUAUGAAGGAAGGAAAGGACGAGUCUGCUGAAGAUGAGGCGGCUGAAUCGGAAGAAAACCUUAAGUUUGGUGAAGGAGUUGGAUGCCUUUCCGAAGGUUCCUGAAAGUUACGUAGAGACGUCAGCAAGUGGGGGUACAGUUUCUCUAAUUGCGUUUACCACUAUGGCUUUUUUAACCGUAAUGGAGUUUUUGGUCUAUCAAGAUACCUGGAUGAAGUAUGAAUAUGAAGUAGACAAGGAUUUUGCUAGUAAAUUAAGAAUCAAUAUAGAUAUCACUGUUGCCAUGAAGUGUCAAUAUAUUGGAGCCGACGUGUUAGAUUUAGCAGAAACUAUGGUUGCGUCUGCAGAUGGCUUGGUUUAUGAACCAGUGAUAUUUGACCUCUCACCGCAGCAAAGGGAGUGGCAGAGAAUGUUGCAGAUGAUUCAAAAUAGGCUACAGGAGGAACAUUCGCUCCAAGAUGUGAUAUUCAAAAGUGCUUUUAAAAGUGCUUCAACUGUACUGCCACCAAGGGGAGAUCUUUCAUUACAACCUCCUGAUGCAUGCAGGAUUCAUGGACAUCUUUAUGUUAAUAAAGUGGCAGGGAAUUUUCACAUAACUGUGGGCAAGGCUAUCCCCCAUCCUCGAGGUCAUGCACACUUGGCAGCCCUCGUUAGCCAUGACUCCUACAACUUUUCCCACAGAAUAGAUCACCUGUCUUUCGGUGAACUUGUCCCAGGAAUUAUUAAUCCUUUAGAUGGAACCGAAAAAAUCGCCGUAGAUCACAACCAGAUGUUUCAGUAUUUUAUCACAGUUGUUCCAACAAAACUCCACACAUAUAAAAUUUCAGCAGAAACCCAUCAGUUUUCAGUGACAGAAAGGGAACGCGUCAUCAACCACGCAGCGGGAAGCCAUGGGGUGUCCGGGAUAUUUAUGAAAUACGAUAUCAGUUCACUGAUGGUGACGGUGACCGAAGACCACAUGCCGUUCUGGCAGUUCCUCGUGAGGCUCUGCGGGAUCGUUGGGGGCAUCUUCUCCACGACAGGCAUGCUACAUGGAAUUGGAAAAUUUAUAGUGGAAAUAAUUUGCUGUCGUUUCAGACUUGGAGCCUACAGACCAAUUACGCCCGUCCUCUUCCAAGAUGGCCACACAGACAACCACUUACCUCUUACAGAAAACAACACACACUAGCACCUCCGGAGCGGAGGGGGGAAGAACUUUUUUUUGCCUGACGGAAAUCCUUUUUAUAAUAAAACAUUGUGCAGUACGUUCGACGCAAACGGUAUGGACGGGAAGCGAAAGUCACACCUUUAAAAAAUGGAAGCCACCUACCCCGUGUACUUUGUGUCUGUUGCUCCGCGGGGGCUAGAGAGGCGCCGCCGCUUUGAAGACGACCGCUGCUUUUCUCGGCACGUGGGGGAACCCGAGGUCUGGGGAUCGCCCCCUCAUUCUGGGGGGGAGAGAACCCUCCCGGGGGUGGGACUAAAGCCAGACAGGUCAGGUUCAGGAGAGAUGCUCGAGGCCUACCUCUCUAAAGGGAGACCUGGCUGAAGAACAUGGGCGUCCAGUUCACGUCCGGCUCUCAGUGAGUAGCAGGUUACAGGUCCCAAGAUGAAUAAAGGAAGGCAGAAUGGUGGUAGAAAACAAUGUCCGGCGGGAUCCAAAAUACACCCGGUGAAGAAAUUGGCGCUAGGCGGUCGAUUGGUUUUCUAGUCGUACUCCCAUUCGUCGAAAGUGAAUUGCGUGGUGGGCUUUUAAGAUUCGGUGUCUUCCACCUGCUCUCGAGCGGCGGGGAACACCUUGGGCGAGCGCGGGCCCUGCUGAGGAAACAGGUAAUAUCUGGCCCGUCCCUGUAGAACGACUGUUAAAUCUGGGGGAGUAUAAUUAGCGGGUCCAGUCUCCUGCACUGGGUUUAGUCGUCGAUUCGGCAAAUCUAAGACGAGUAAGUUGGGGGGGGGGGGGGGUCUCCUCGGCAGGAGACGUUAGAGGUCUUGAGCACUUCCUGUAUUGAAAUUUAAAACAAAAUGAAGGAAAUGAAAUUUGUCAAGUGUUAAAAGAGAUGGGAUUUUUUUUACCACCCCCCCCCCCCCCGAGAGCUUCCGGAAGGGUGGUGACGUGUGAAAUGAAUCAAAGAGCGAGGCGGAGAAAAAGAAUGGAUCUGUUCGAGCGUGCCGUGCCUGUUGAGGGCGCGAGUCAGGAUGGUCACUGGCGUUGUCUCUCUCUGCCUCGGCUCCAAGGUUGUCCUAGCCAACUGAAAGACUGAUCACUAAUGACCGCAAAAUUAAUCUUGAAAAGAGGCAAAUUGCACAAGAGUUGGAAAAGAAUAAAUAAAAAAAAAAAAGCGA